AUGAUGAAGGCGUUUCUUGAGAAGUAUUUUCCUACAUCUCGCAUCAUCAUGCUUAGGAAGAAGAUAAGUGGUAUCCAACAAGGGCAAGAUGAGUCCUGUGCAGAGUACUAUGAAAGCUUGGAAAGAGACAUGCUAGAUGCAGCUUCUGGUGGAUCGUUUGUUGACAAGGAACCUGCAGCUGGAAUGGUCUUAAUCGAGAAUAGGGCCUUGAAUCAACAACAAUAUGGGAGCUCUAGGCCCAAAGCCACACGUGAAAAGGUCCAUGAGGGAACUCAUGGACAAGUCAUGGUGUGUGGAGUAUGUUCUAUGCAAGGGCAUGUGUCUGACCAAUGCCCUCAACUCAUGGAAAGUGGAGGACUUGAAGGUGUCAACACCAUGGGCUUUCAACAAGGAACUCUAACUAAAUCUACUCAAGCUUUGAUUGCAAGUCAAACUCAUCAUGGGAAUCAAAUCAAUGCCAUAUCCACGGAUGUAGCAGAGAUGAAGAAGCAAAUGAGCCAAGUUGUGGACUUCAUGGGUAAGUUUCAUGAGCAAGGGAAGCUUCCAAGUGGAACUAUCCCUAAUCCUCACUUUGAGCAAGCCAAAGCCGUAACUACAAGGAGUGGUAAGACCCUUGUAGAUCCUCCAAAGCCUCCCAAGAAGGGCUCAACGUCACUUUUAGAGGAGGAGGAUGGCCCUGCUACGUCUAAGGCUCAAGUGACGUCUCCACCUUCUUUUGCAAAACCGGAAACUCAAGGUAAUGUUCCUAACUUGUCAAAUUCGGUUAUUGCUAAUCACUCUCCCUCUCCUUUGCCUUUCCCAAGCAGAUUUGCUAAAUCUAAGAAGGAUGAAGCUGAGAAAGCUAUCUUGGAAACUUUUAAGAAAGUGCAAAUCAACAUCCCUCUCCUUGAGGCCAUAAAGCAAAUUCCUAAAUAUGCCAAAUUCUUGAAGGAGCUUUGA